AUGACGCCAUCAAAAAAAGACAAAAUAUGUCUGGUUUGUGGAGAUCGUGCCUUAGGAUAUAAUUUCAAUGCCAUAUCAUGUGAAUCAUGUAAAGCUUUUUUUCGUCGAAAUGCCCACAAGACUAUAAGAGGGAGAUGUGAAGGGAAGUGUGAUAUUACGAUAGAAUCAAGAUCGUUCUGUAAAAGAUGUCGACAAGCCAAAUGUUUUUCAGUUGGAAUGAGAAAAGACAUGAUAUUAAGUGAUGAUCAAAAGAAAGUGCGGAAACAGAAAAUAAUU